CGGCGCUCCGGGGGGACCGGACGCCUCAGCGCUCAGCAGAAACCAGUGUGGUUCCCAUGAAGAAAAACCAUCAGCGAUGAUGCUACAGGACAGGUCUCACAUGAGGGUCCUUGAUAUGAAGGGCAGCUCUCCACUUCUGUAGCUGAUGGGUGAGGACAACAGCUUGGUAAAAGGAGCUACCAAGAGCUGGCAGGAUGAGUUACAGCUCACCCUCUGUGCAUGACUUGUAUCACAGCACCACCACAACAGCCAGGCCAGACCCAGGGACAACUCUGGAUGUGACUGUGCCAGAAACAGCUACCAUAAGCCCUGAGACUACCAGUUUCAACAGCACUAAAAUCCCAGAUGUGGCCAGCAAUGGACCCGGCAUGAGCACGAUGCUGCUGUCUUUUGGGAUCAUUACUGUGAUUGGGUUGGCUGUAGCUAUGGUUCUGUAUAUCAGGAAAAGGAAGAGGUUGGAAAAGCUACGGCACCAGCUCAUGCCCAUGUACAACUUUGAUCCCACUGAGGAACAGGAUGAACUGGAGCAGGAGCUGCUGGAACACGGGCGAGAUGCAGCAUCUUCCCAGGCAUCGCAGAGCAAGAUUCUGCUGACAAGUCAAGGAGCCCUCCAGAGACCCAGCCGUCUUGUGUUCACAGACGUUGCCAAUGCCAUCAAUGCAUGAACAAUACCUGCCCCUGCUCUGGGAUCGUGCUGAGACUGGGGAGGAUGAAGCCAACAAACCAGUGACUUCCCGCAAGCAUGGCCAAUCCACUGAGCCCAGCUGGUCACCCUGUUGGUUUGUGUUACAAAUGGGCACAAGCACUGGGAACUGUCGUCACUUUGGGAAGCAAACCCUUUGUGAUGGCAGUGGUGAUUUUUUGGGGUGUCUGUUACCACUAAAAGGUCCUGAGCUCCAGUUUCUGGGCUGGUGCUGACUGAUACCAUCUACCAAGCUGUGUGCUUAGGAACAGUGCCCGCUUUGUUGUAGAUUAACUUGUCAGAGCACACGUGCACGCUCUCUGGGUCAGGGAAGGAGGAAAGGUGCAUGUUUCAGAGAGCUGCCCCAUUGGCUUUGUGCCACCAGACCCCAAGGAAAAUGAUGAAUGAGCCUCUCUGUACAGCAACCACAGCUUUGGCAGAACCUGGAGGGGUGACUGGUGGCAAAGCCCCUUUGAGCAAGGAGAGCUGACUCCCCUAGCUGAGUGAUAAUCUGGGGCAUGGCAGGGAAAACACAUACCAUGGGCUUAUCCCCCUUGUGGCAUGUGGGCUGCUGAUAAAUGUGCGCCCAGGGUGAUGUUGAAGCAUGGGGAAUUCGCUAGCUUUAAAAAGUGAAAUGGUGAACAUGUGGCUGAUUACAUCUUAACCGAAGAAGUAGCUGAAUACCCCAAAUUAGGGCUGUUGUAUAGACAGGGGAAUUCACAGAGCUGGAGUCAGGGGGUGUCCAUGUCUGGCAACAUGACUCCCUGCCACUGACCUAGGAAUAAUGGUGCUUGGGCCACAGAGAGGAGUCAAGUAGAACUGGGGUUCCGAUACCAUGUAUUCCUCUCCUGCUUUGGCUCAGGGAAGUUUCUACAGUGCAGAGUGUUAUCCAGAAAAAAAAUGAAGCCUUGAAAUAUUUUCUUUUAAAUAAGGAAAAACAUGUAUUGGCUUAACAUUACAACAGCCCCAUGUCUGCCCCCAGAGGUGACUGAACAGCUGGUUCGUACUUCCUUACCUGCCAGGACCUGCAGUCAGAGCCUUCUCUUCUUCCUGCUGAAGGAAACACCGAGCUUUGUGUUAGCCUCUGCUCAUGUUACCUGCUAACGCAGAAGGUGGGACUAGACAGGUAAGCCAGGAGUUUCCCUGUAACCCUGAGCAUCUCUCUGCCUGUGUGUCCUUCAGGGCUGCAGGAGAGCGAGUGCGAAGGGGUCUCUGGCCACCUUGGCACGCUGCAGUGCAGCAUGGGAGCUGUCCUCUGCAGAGCCUUUUGGUGGCCACCAGCCCUAAGUGUUGCAGGCCAGCACAGGGGCCAGCAGCAGCACCUGCAUGCAAGCAUCAGUGCCCGGCCAUGUGCUCAUCACCUGAUUUUUUUGCAAUACAUGCGUUUGUCAGGCAGAUCAUAUUCCAUCAAUGGCACCAGUCAAAAGGGAAUCAGGGCAAGCCAAAAUCUGAAUGCAGCUCUAGAGGUGGGCUUUAUGCAAGGAGAUGUAUCACUGAGUGACAAUUCAGGUAUCAUGUGCUUUGUUGCAAGUUUGGACUUGCCAGUUAGUUCUUGUUGUCCCAAAUCUUAUUUUUUUUCUUCCCCACUGUGAUUUUGGUUUUUUUUUCUGUAUUCAUUAAAUGCAGACUCUUUCCUGGCAUGUGCCACUGAUCCCUGCAGUGCAUAGUUCCUUACCAGCCCUCCCUCCUUCACUGACACAGCUUCCCUUAUGGCAGUUUUGCAGGGCUAAGUUGCUUUAAUUUUUCAGUAUCUCUCUUUCUUUUUAAAACCAGGGAGUUCUGGGAGUGUAUUAGGGCUAGGAGUGUCAACACCUGUGGAAAACAGCCCAUCCUCCAUACAGAGGAGAUCUGGCAGGAGGCACUUCCAGGCUGCUGGUUGCUGCUGGUGUUUGCACUCGAGGGAUACUGUUGGAAGGAAGGUGUGUGGGUACAAAUGCUCAAUAUAAUAUGGCUUAGGUCCUUAGCAUUUGGAUGCUGUCUGUGGGUCUUCCCAGAGGUUAUGCCUAUAUGACCAGCUGAGAAGCAAAUACAUCACCCCCCACACACAUGCACACUUACCAUCUCCUCCAAGUGCUCACUGAGGGCAGCCAGCCACAGAGACAUCAGAUUUCUCCCUUCAGCAGCUGGCAUGACGCUGCCUGUCACACUCCCAAUGCUCUGCAGCAGGACAGGGAUGCAAGCGGCAGCAGGGGUGCACGGCUGUCCUAAAUCGCAACGUUUCCCCUAGAACUCUUAGGAUUGGAACUUCAUUUGUUGUUUUAAACUUGAUAAAAGGCAAGUGUAAGCUGAGCUGUUUCCUCAAACCAACAACCUACUUUGUGCUCUUUACCCAGCUCCACGUGGUGCACAGGCACCUGCCGAACAGUGCAUCUGCCAGCUCAGGCGCAAAAACAUGCACCUUGUUCCACGUUAAUGCUGGGGUAUAUCUUCUAUAACAAACACACCUACAGAGGAAUUCUUUAACCAUUCUUCCUGUAAUGGUAGGCAUUGUCCUGUGAUGACUGCCCUUAGAUUAAAGAAGUACAGAUAAUAAGACUAAAAGAAUAUUACGGGUAUUUGCUGGGCUUGUACUGGAGUAUUCUUUUAGUUCAAUAGCGCCUGCUCUCACAGUUCUUGGAAGUGUAUGUACAAUUUAGCAGAAGCAUUAUGAUGUAAUUUAAUUCAAGUGUUUCUGUGUUUUAAGCAUUGAAAUAUAAUUAAACUAUUUAC